AUGUCCUCAUCAACUUCUAUUGUCUUUGAUCCAACUAGUGUUGAUGUAAAUGAAACCCUGUACCGAGGAAUGAUAGGUUCAUUGCUCUAUCUUACUGCCAGUCGUCCUAAUAUUAUGUUUGCUACCAUUUUUUGUGCACGUUAUCAAGCCAGUACCAAGGAGUCUUAUCUUCUUGCUGUAAAAAUGAUUUUUCAUUACUUAAAUCAUACACCCAAUCUUGGGUUAUGGUAUCCUCGUGAUUAUGAGUUCAAGAUGGUGGGAUACACUGACUCUGAUCAUGGUGGAUGUGGCAUUGAUUGUAAAAGCAGAUCAGGAGGGGCUCAAAUGCUUGGAAAUAGAUUGGUGAGCUGGUCCAGCAAGAAGCAGACAUUAGUGGCUUGCUCUACCGCUGAAGUUGGAUAUGUAGUGUUGGAAGGUGUUGUGAUCAGAUUCUAUGGAUUCAUAAUCAACUCUUAA